AUGUUUUGUAAAUGGUGUGAAGCUGCUAAAUAUACAAAUAUAUUUGUAGCAGUAGUACAAUUAAACAUAGUUACUAGUUUUACAAAACAGUUUGAAAUUGACAAACUUCAUAUUAUACGAAAUAUGAUUAAUAUGUAUUGGUUAAUUCAAUAUAAUAUAGCUACAUAUUCAAUUACUGAUCUUUGUAGUCUUAUCGAUCAACAACUUCAAAAUGCUCAAGAAUUUCAUAUAUCAUCAAAUAUUAAUGUUUUAAAAAAUCUUUUAGCAUUACAAGCUAUAAAAUUAACAAGAAGUGAUUAUGGUUCUUAUACUAAUAAUCAUACUAGAAGAGACUUUAUUAAAGUGAUUGAAAAAGUAAUUGAAGAAGAGAUUUGCCAUGAGAUUCAUAAAUCAUCAGUAUGA